AUGGAGGAAUCGUGGGAUUUUGAAUUCUUGUCUCGCAUGGUCGACAGUCUGGUGUCCUUUUUGUCCGAGUUUGUGGAUGACUGGCUGGCCAACGACAUGAGAGUCGCAGUGUUUAAGAUACUGUUUAGCUGGCUCGUCAUCAGUCUCGUAGCCAUCCACUUUGCCUGGAAAGUGUACGGGAACACUGUCAACGACAUGUACUACAGACAGGGGACUGGAGGACAGAACGGCGGGACUCCUGACGCUGCUCCUCACCUGAGCGGAUGGGAAAGUGCAGCUGGUGAUGCCAUGAAAACCCACCGUGAGUGAUGUACCUGCAACUGGACUAAGAACACAGACACAGAUGAACAAAGGCAAAUACAUUCCUUCAAGAAGACUAAAUAAUCUGUGCAACUUUAUUGGUUUUACUCAUGAAUAUGUCUGUGAUGCAAAACUCAAGGUCCAAAUACACAAAUAUAUGCUCUAAAACACCUGACAGUGCUGUGCACUGAAGAGAGAGUGUUAAAGGAACUUGCUGUGAUAAAUAGAAGCUCUGAAUUUUUUGAACGCUUUAGUGUUUUAUGAUUGAAUUCUGGAAGCUAGUAGAUAGCGAAACUAAACUUCAACCAUUCUCAGACAGUAUCAUUUGACCAAAAACUGACAAGAAUACUAGUCAAACUUAAGGUCCCAAAUGUUCACAUAGUCACCUGGUCUGUAUGUAGAACUUAGGCUUCACUGUAAAAAGAUAAAAAAAGAAAUGAAUUGUGCCUCUUACUGUUGUCCAAGAGGUUACUGCUGUCUUUUUGCAGUGCAAAAAAUAAAUACAAUUUGUAUCUGA